GCGGACGGGUGGAACAUGGCGGCGGGCGGUUGGGGAAGGCGGAGGUUUCUUGUUGGUACCGUGCUGUUGCUCCUCUUCCCCGCAGGGCUGCUGGGUCCCGCCGCCGGCAUCUCGUCCUUGCCCUGGGCGGGCAGCCCCGGCGAGCCGCGGAGCCGCGUGCAAGUGCUGGGCGGCUCCAACUGGAGCCUGGUGUUGCAGGGCCAGUGGAUGUUGGAGUUCUAUGCUCCUUGGUGUUCAGCUUGUCGACAGAUUGAGUUGACAUGGGAGAAUUUUGCAAGGGAAAGCGAACAUCUAGAUAUCACUGUUGGAAAGGUGGAUGUCACUCAAGAACCAGGCUUGAGUGGUCGUUUCUUUAUCACAACACUUCCUACAAUUUACCAUGCCAAUGAUGGAGUAUUUCGCAGAUACAGAGGCUCACGGACAUUGGAAGAUCUUCAAGGUUAUGUUUUAGAGAGAAAAUGGGAAGCUGUGGAGCCUGUGGCAGGAUGGAAAUCUCCAUCUUCUAUAAUGAUGCAUGGCAUGGCAGGGCUAUUUCACCUCUCCGAUUAUAUCAGGCAAAUUCAUAGCUACUUCACUGGCACUCUUGGAAUGCAUGUUUGGAUGUCAUACGCAGUCUUCAUCGUAGUUACUUUAUUGAUUGGCCUGUUCCUUGGUUUGAUGCUGGUUUUGAUUUCAGACUGCCUUUGCCCAUCCAAGUCAAGAUACAGCACUGAAACAUCUGAAGAAGCAAUUACAAAGGAUAAUGUAGAGAAUGCUGCGUUAGAAGAACAGGAGGAGGCUGCAGAGCUUUCCGCAGAUGAUGCAGAAGGGAACGCAGACGUAAAAGAUGUCUCAGAUGAAGAAGAUGCAGCAAAUUCAAGUGCUGAUGACUCACAGGAGGAUUUAGCACUUGGAAAAGAAUCGGGGGAAGAAGAAAGUGAAGACAUAAGUGAACAGCCUUUAGCUGCUUCAGAGACUGAAAGCUCAGUAAGACAGCGUAAGAGUCAGGUGGCUGAUGAUGGACUAUAGGGUUUUUUCAGUGGUGUAUUUUGUACACUUGGACCAAAGACAUAUCAGACCCUGGGUCUGAAGCUGAAGCUUACACUUGACUUGUCAUUUGUGUUUACGUAAAACCUCUGUGGGUUACUUUUUGUUGAUUGGAGUUGGUUUUUUUUAAAGCUAACGCUUGCUUACUUUGUUUUAUAAGCACAGAUGCUGUGUGUUGUAUAACUUUAGCCAUGACAAUCAAAAUAAGUGUAUCAUAUCUGUUUGAAGUCUUCUAAGAGAAAAGGGACAUAAGUCUCAGUUCACCAGCUCUAAACUGGUCAUCUGUGCUUGUGUUCCUGUAAGCAUUGACCUAAGCAAGAUUGGGACUUUUAACUCUUCACAGUAUCUUGUUGGACUGUUACUUUCCUGUCUGAAUGUUUAUUGUUUCCAAAUGCCACAGAAGCAUUAGAUAAGUGAUACAGUAGGGAAAGAAGGCACCUUACUCAUCUUCUCUUAAAUGUUGUGUACAGUGGGUUUGUUUUUAUCACUUUCAACUGAAGCACCUUUCUCUUUCAUUUUUAUUAAUGUUUGUUUUGGAAGUUUAUCAUGCAGUGUGCCCCCAGGUUUUCCAGUUGUUGGUAACUCAGAGGCAUGCUGCACAGCUCAAGUUUGUCAGCAGAGUCUUUUGACCUAAGGAGUUUAAGUAAUUGAAAACCUCAGGCUCAGAAAGAAUGGCAGCUAAAUGUUUAAAAUAUGUUUGAACUUUUUAAAAGGUUUAAAGGAAAUUAUGUUGGUCAGGAGGGAUUUUUGCCAAAGCACAACUUUUUUUCUUCCUUUUUUCCCUUCAAGAGAUUGAAGCAAGAAAUACUCACUUUGCAUUGUGUAUUUCUUGCCAGUACAAGCUUGUCAUGUGCAGUGUAGUUCUGCCAUUUCCCACUCAGAGUACUUUGGGCAGAACUCAAGCUGACUGCUUUAGUAAUAGUCACUGAAGAGGCACUUAAGGUUUUAACCUUUGAUUGCUUUUCUACUUUUUGCCACUGGAAUCAGCACAUUAGGAAAAGAGAGGGGCACAGGUGGGUAGUGAGGUGAUGCUUUUUCUUCUUAUAUCAAGAUAAACACAUGUCUGUUGCACUGUUUAAAGUGAAAACAGCUUGCAGGUAGACAGCACUAGGUGUGGUUAGAAAACUUAAGUCAUUAAAGCUAUCAGUAUUUCCCUCCUUUGACUUGAUUAAUAUAUAAGGCUUUGUUUUCCUGUAAGGAAUACCUACAGUGAGAUCCUGUUUCUGUUUUGUUGAUGUGUGACUGUGCUUAAGAUGUCUUAAUCUUGAUUAAUUUUUAUAGUCUAUAUUGUGUAAACCUUGCUAACGCAUGAAUUUCAUCUUGCUUUGCAAGAGUAAUUAAAGGUGAGAUUGUCUCUCAUUAAAAGAGGCAAGUUGCAAGUGCAAAAUGCUGGUUUCUUUUGAGACUGAAAUUAAUAAGGCCAAUUUGUGUUGAAAGUUUUGUGGUUCCUUUUUUUAGUGCCCAUAAAGAACAUAUUUCCUAAGAAAACUCAACUUUUCCUGUUUGUGGUUUGUUGCAUACUAUGUCUUGGAAAUACAUGGUAGAAACUUUGCAUUUGUCUGCACAAAGAACAAAAUUACACUGCAUAUAUUGAAUAUGAAUUGUGAAAAAGAAUUUUCUCAGUCUGGAGCUUGAAUUUCAUACAGUGGUCACAUGUAAAUACACUUUCACGUGUGUGACAGCAUACAGUUGAUAAUAUACAUAUACAUAUAUACAUUGCACUAUAGUGAGAACAGUUGGUGGUAUUUGGGUGUUGUCCCGUGUAACUGGGCAAUUGUAGAAGCUUGCAGCCAGCAGAAUUCAGUAGCAGUUGAGGUACAUAGCAGCUUUUUUCUUUAAAAAGUAAAAAUAAAACAAAAAAACCCCAACACUAAACUCAAACUAAGCUUUUAUUUGCAAAAAUGAAGGAGACUGUGGCUACUGUAGUCCAGAAGGAAGAACUGUACACCGAAAAGCUCAGAAUACAGAUUUGUUGUUUCCAUUCUGUAUUUGCUUUGUUCAUUAUCUGUUCAUCAGGAGCUCUUAAAAGCCUAAAGAAAAACAGAACUUUAACCAUAUUCCCUGAGAGAAGCAGGAGUUGAUGUGUAUGUUCAGAUACAUGAACUUGCAUAAGAUAAGAGUAUAUAUAUUCCCAAAUGUACCAGACAUUGAAAAACAUGUGGGACUGUAUUCACCACAGGUAACGGCGACUUUGGUCUGGUCUUACACAUCACCAUUAAGAUUGGAUAGCUUAAGAUGAAGAUACUCAGUAUUUUCUGUUGAAUAGACUUAACUGUAAGAUCACUGUCUGAUGAGUAGGGAUUAAGUAGUGACAGCAGUUUAUCUCUUGUAAGUCUGGAAAUGAGCUAUGGUUUAGUGUGAGGCAACCCUGCCCAUGGCAGGGGGUUGGAACUAUAUGAUCUUAAGAUACCUUCCAACCCAAACCAGCCUAUGAUUCUGGAACAUAGUAUGCAUGUCAUUACUCCUGUGUUUUCAACUAAUUAAGUAGGCAAUAUUGCUGCUAAUUCAGGCUGGACUAUAUUCAACAUGUAUUGAAGUAUCUUAUUAGAAAGAUCACUAAAGGGUGACAAAGACUUCAGACAAAUAGGUGCUAUGAUUUCGUUGAUAUCUCCAAUGUAGGAAAAAUAUUGUAGUGUGAUACUGGAGAUACUCAACUUUGACUAAUGCUUAUCUGGCAAACAAGCAGAAAACACUAUGAAGGCUAUCUUUGCAUUUAACAGGAAGACCAUUAGCUAUGCUGUAUAAGUGUAAUAUUAAUGUACUUUCCAGAAUGAGGUUUCUUUCUCACUAAAACAUAUUUUGCCUGAAUCAUGCAAGUAUAGUACUAAUUAGACUAUUACAAUAGUAUUAAACUUGGUGUGUUUCCAACAAAAAAAGUUGGUAUCAACCUUUUGUGCAAUCUGAGCAUUCUCUCUGUUCUCUUAUGAUUAAUUUUAACUUGUUCUUGCAGCCUCAGUAUAGACAAAAUGUCCUUGGAGAAGCUGCUCCUAACACUGUUCAAAAGGGCUGUGAGGCUUCUAAACCAGAGCUGUAUGUCAAAAAUGACUUGAGGGGUUUUUUGAGAACUGAUUUCAAUUUCAAAUGGGAUGCAUGCCAUUCUGAAAACCAGUCCCUGCUGGAGCUCAAUGUGAAUGCCUAAAAGCAAGUCAUUCUGAAAAUCCAGCGGGUUACUUUGUAAGGCUGGAAAUACAAAACUCCCGUCCUUGAGAUCUGUGUGGAACUUGUAUGUGCGUCUUGGAAUACUCUGUAUAUGCUGCAGCCGUGCUGGGCAACACUUGUUAUGUGGGUUUCUUCAUGGAAAUGUUAUACAGGAUUGUCUUUUAUAUAAAAAGGUGUUACAAAUUUAUACUUACGGGUUUUUUUUUACUGAAAUUCCACAUAAAUUUUGUAUUUAUGAGGA